GGCACGUCACUUCCGGCGCGAAGGGCCGGUCUGGCCGGGCCGGCAGUGCGGGUCGUUUCUGCGCGCGCUGCCGGACGAGGCUCCCGCCGCCGAUUGACCCGCGCUCCGCCCGUAGCCGGGCCGGUGAGUGCCCGCGAGCCCGUCCAUGUGCCCUGGGAGCCAAGGAGAGGGACCUCUGAGAGGGAAGGAUAACCGGAAGGACCCUGGUAGCUAAUGUCAGAAGAAAGUGACUCUCUGAGAACCAGCCCUUCUGUGGCCUCACUCUCUGAAAAUGAGCUGCCACCACCACCUGAGCCUCCAGGCUACGUGUGCUCACUGACAGAAGAACUGGUCACCAAAGCCCGGGAAGAGCUGCAGGAAAAGCCGGAAUGGAGACUUCGAGAUGUGCAGGCCCUCCGUGACAUGGUGCGGAAGGAGUACCCGAACCUGACCACGUCCCUCGACGAUGCCUUCCUGCUGCGCUUCCUCCGGGCCCGCAAGUUUGAUUAUGACCGGGCCCUGCAGCUCCUCGUCAACUACCACAGCUGCAGGAGAAGCUGGCCCGAAGUCUUCAAUAACUUGAAGCCAUCAGCCUUAAAAGAUGUCCUUGCUUCCGGGUUCCUCACGGUUCUGCCCCACACUGACCCCAGGGGCUGCCAUGUCGUCUGCAUCCGCCCAGACAGAUGGAUACCAAGCAACUAUCCAAUUACCGAAAACAUCCGAGCCAUAUACUUGACCUUAGAGAAACUCAUUCAGUCGGAAGAAACCCAAGUGAAUGGAAUUGUAAUUCUUGCAGACUACAAAGGAGUGAGUUUAUCAAAAGCAUCUCACUUUGGCCCUUUUAUAGCCAAAAAGGUGAUUGGCAUCCUCCAGGAUGGUUUCCCCAUUCGGAUAAAAGCAGUCCAUGUUGUAAAUGAACCUCGAAUAUUUAAAGGCAUUUUUGCCAUCAUAAAACCAUUUCUGAAGGAGAAAAUAGCAAACAGAUUCUUCCUCCAUGGGUCUGACUUGAACUCUCUCCACACAAGCCUUCCAAGAAGCAUUCUCCCCAGGGAGUACGGGGGCACGGCUGGGGAGCUGGACACUGCCACCUGGAAUGCAGUGCUGCUGGCUUCAGAAGACGACUUUGUGAAAGAGUUCUGCCAACCUGUCCCUGCCUGUGACAGCAUCCUGGGCCAGGCGCUGCUGCCUGAGGGCCUGACCUCAGAUACACAGUGUGAUGACUCCCUGCGAGCUGUGAAGUCACAGCUAUACUCCUGCUACUAGCCUGUCCCCCAGGGUCACCAUCCUUCAUUCUUUUCCUUUUUUUCUUUGGAGAGGCACAAGAAUUUAAGGUGCCACGGAUUCAGUCUUGCUCGUUGUAAUUAAACUACGAGAUGGAGGAACAGCCUGUGAGAUAUGAGGGGGAGCCCAUUUUGGGGUAAGCCUUUGGUUACUUGAAUUACUCCAUGGAAGACAUGGAAAAUGUCCCCACUGAUUCUUAAACAUUUGGGAUCCCAGUUUGCAACUAUUAAUCUGGAGGCUCUAUCUGUUUUGUUUUGUUUUUUUGGUUGGGGGGUGGUGAUCUGGUUCUUACACAUCUUGGAAGCAAGAAAAAUCAGGACCAAAGUCACUUUGAUCCCACUUUCCAGGAGAAAAACCUUUCUGGCCAGUCAGAACUACUUCUAUGAAAUAAUUUGGCCAAACCUGCAGUGUGACCAAAUGUGACACUGGGAGUUUGUGUCUUUCUGCUGCUCAUCGGGAAACUUAACUAGAGAUGCGGGCCCCAGCUGCUGUGACUGGGUUUGGAAAGCAUCUUAACUUAAUCAUGCAAGCAUCAGGACAAAAGCAGCACUUUGUGGUCAAAUGUGGAAGCUGGAAACUUCAAAGCAGCUCUAGGACUCAUUGGUUGAAGCUUGCAGUGGAAACUUAAGUUUUCCCAAAUCCACAAAGCCUUAGCCCUGGUUCUCAAUAGAAUCAUACAGGGACCUGGCAGGAAGUGAUUUUACUCAACCGAAAAUACUGCAUUCCAGGCCCAUGUAGCUACAAGAAUUCUGGUCUAGGAAUCAGAGACCUGGAUCCCACCCAAGUGUGCAACUAUGGACAAGACAUGGGCCUCUGUGGGCCUCAACUUUCUCUGCAAAAUGAGGCUGGAUGAAAUGUCAGCUAGGGCCAUUUUGGCUGAUGGACUUCUGAGAUUUGGUUUAGUUACUGAAUGUUAGAUUUUCUGCCCAGAAAGGUAACUAUCUAGAUACAAGUGGUUGGAUCCUGUGGUUUGGUUUUGUUUUUUUGUGGUACACGUGUGUUUGCAAGAGAGAUGUGUCACCAAUUAGCCCUGCCUUUAAAGAAACAAUUAUGUGUAUUCCUGGGACUCAGUGAUACCAAUUUCCUUUUUAUAGUGACGGUUAAAUUUUGAAAAGAUGGCUUUUGUGGGGCUAGGUGAAGCAAUCAGGAUCUUGUAUGAUGAAUUCCUUCCACCCCUAAGACUCUGGUACUAUAUUGUAAACCUGGCUAUAGUAGUUAAUUACUUGAGAUUCUUAAAUUUUGGUCUCUGGAAAUGAACAUAAGGGCAGGUUAUUGCUGGGUCACUUCUGGGCCCCCUGCCCUCCCAGCCCCACUUGAGUUUCUCUCUCUGGUCUGGGUGAACCAGCCAGCCCGAAUGUUCUGCAUUUCAGCACUUUAGCUCUUCCCUGUCAAGAUUUUAGCCUUAGCCCAAGCACCAAAUUAGGUGGUUCACAUGAUAGCUUUCUACCUAUUUCCUUUCAGAUGUAUUCCAUGUGAUCUUGGUGUUAAACAGUGACAAGUAUUAUGUGUUGUGUGUGCACCUUCUCCAUGCAUUUAUAAACUAACCAGUCAAGGCAGAUAGCUCAGUUAGGGAGAGAACAGUACUCUGAAAUUUGAAGGCUAGUCUGUUGCUACUAAGUUGUUCAUCUCUAUGGCUUUUCUAAAUGUCUGGAGAAGUUAUUGGUGGAAAUUAAUUUACUUUACCUCAUUAAUACAAUUCUAGAGUUCUUUUCACCAUGGAUACUAACCCUGGAUCCUCUAGGGUCCUGGCCGAGCUGGAAGUGCGGAAAAGCACUCCUGGCUGCUUCUAGUACCAUCUGAUGAUGAUGUGACCAGCAUUGCUGAAAAGGCCCAAGUAGGGCAAGUGGGAUGGCUGAAGGAGGGGGUUCAGAACCCAGUGGCCUGGAUGGGAGAACUGGGUGGAGGCUUUCUUAGGUCCCAAGAGGGAAGACAGAUAAACAAAAUAAAAAACUAGGUAAAGAGGGAUGAAUCACUCAGCCCUGGGGUUUAAAUUCUACACUGCAUUCCUGGCCUUUGUCUUAACAUAGGCAUGGCCAAAGUGCUCCUAGAGAAUUAUCUCAAACACCAGAAGAGAUUAUCUCAAAGACCAGACUUGGAGAGGCUUGUUUCUUAGGUUUUUCCAGCUGGACAAGGAAGGAGUGGUUUCACUCAGCUUCUGGAAGAAGUCGGGGCCUAGGUCAUUUGCCUCUAGGAGCUGCUUGCUUUGUUUUGGCUCCAAAGAGAUAUCAAAUAGUUUUGACACCUCAGAAAGCUUGAACCAAGCUGUGAAACCAAGCCCUCCCUGGGUGAAAAUCAAGGUGGUCUCCUUGUGGCUUCACCUGGGUGUUUGUGUCACGUUGCCUCAGCGGGGUGGGGAAUGACGAAUAAGGGAGCACCGUGAGCAUUUCUCAGUAGAGGGGAGCGCACUGGUGAGACAAACACGUGAACCUCAAGAGCUAGGAGUAUUUUCCUUCAGGGAGAACUUCUAGCCCAAUAUAUGAACACUUGGAAAUUAACUUUUCCCUAAAUUCAAGGUAGUGUGGUAUCAUGAAAUGGGACAGUAAAUUAGGAGACGCGGGCUCCACCUUUACCUCACUGUGUGGCCUUGGAUGAGCUGUUUAACAUCCCUGAGCAAUUCUGUGAGAAAGGAGAUCUAUACUCCAAACUUUAUUCCUGGUUAUCUAGUUGACUUUACUGCCACAGAGACACUGUACUCUCUCUUUUUAGAAGUUUUUUCCUUUUUUUCCCCCUCAACCGUCUUGUUAUUUAGGAAAUUUAGGUCUGAAUGAAUUGGUACCUAAAAGCUUCCAAAUCAAUCUGUAAGUUUCAGAAUAUGGGAAUCUUCUUCCUCUUCUUCACCCACAUCCCAACAUGGAAUUCUGGGAAGUUGUGCCUCUUCCUAGAAUCCUAUUCUGCCUUCACAGGGGAGAGACUGGAUGAAAUCUACAGAAACAACCAGAAGUGCCACCCUGGCUUCAUGUCUUGAUUUUCUAACUUGCUCUUGGCAAAGGUUGCUUUAUUUUUUUAAUUUUUUUCUUGCAUUUUUUUUUAAUCCAAUUGCUGCUGCACAUAUCAACACAAAAGUAUCUUUAGAGCUUUCGUAUUUCAUCCUGGUUUCACAAGGAGUCACUUAUCUUAGGAAGUUUAUAAGUCAGGUUAGAAGACUGGGCACAGUGGCUCAUGCCUGUAAUCCCGGCACUUUAGGGGGCUGAGGUGGGUGGAUCACCUGAAGUCAGGAGUUUAAGACCAGCCUGGCCAACAUGGUGAAACCCUGUCUCUACUAAAAUACAAAAAUUAGCCAGGCGUGGUGGUGAGUGCCUGUAAUCCCAGCUACUCAGGAGGCUGAGGCAGGAGAAUCACUUGAACCCAGGGGGCAGAGGCUGCAGUGAGCCAAGGUUGCACCAUUGCACUCCAGCCUGGGUGACAAGAGUGAAACUCCCAUCUCAAAAAUAAAUAGAAAUAAAAAAUAAAUCAGCUUACAAAACACGGUUUUCCCAGAAAUGUGACAGUAAGAGUCAUUUCUCUGAAUUCCUUUAUAUUGAGCCUUUCUGAAUUCUCCCUGGGUGGGCAAUUUCUUUAGAUGCUAUUUGACUCUCAGCUCAACUGUGGGAUUUUUUUUUUUUUUUUUUUUCAUUUGGGUAGCAAAAGCCAGAGUACUGCUAUGGCGAUUAUAAUACCUUUUUAAAAAGUUUUACCAUUUUAAAGUUGCCAACAUCUAAGGUUUUCCUUUAAAGCCUCCUUUCAUUUAGGGAGUAAAAUGUUAGCUAAACCAAUUAUAUUCAUGUGGCUGUCCUGUGGCCAUGAGAGGUGUGGAGAUACCAAACAGAAACAUGUCUACUGUUCACGAAAGAUGUCUGUUCUGGUAAUGACUCUCCGCACUGGGAUCUGUUAAUUUUGUAAAUCUAAAUUCUUCUGCUCUCAGCCAGGUGCGGUGGCUCAUGCCUAUUAUCCCAGAACUUUGGAAGACCAAGGGAGGGGCAGAUCAUUUGAGGUCAGGAGUUUGAGACCAGGCUAGCAUCAUGGCGAAACCCCACCUCUACUAAAAAAUGCAAAAAUUAGCUGGGUGUGGUGGUGUGCACCUGUAAUCCCAGCUGCUUGGUAGGCUGAGGCAGGAGAAUUGCUUGAACUGGGGAGGCAGAGGUUGCUGUAAGCCGAGAUCGUGCCACUGCACUCCAGCCUGGGCAGCAAAGCGAGACUUCAUCUCAAAUACAUACAUACAUACGUAAAUUAUUCUGCUGCCCUGAAAUAAAUUCAUUCAUUCUUCUGCUCUCCUGACUUGGAAAAAUGGUUUGCUUUAAAUGCUAGUAACAAGCAUCAGUAGAGUCUAUAGGAACUUGCUUCAUGGGAAGGAUCGAUGUGAUUUGUGAAUAGAGAUGAUGAAAUUCCUACUUAUCACUGGGCUGUUUUUCUUUUCAUCUCACCGGGCAGCAGGUUUAGUGAGGCAGUGAGAUGAUGUUGCUGUGGAUUCUUGUGGCUGUGCCUCGGCUUUUGGCAUAUUAGGUAGGAACCUGUUAAAAGUGAAAUACCUGAAACCUCUCUGACCAAGAGCCUCUGAUGGAGUGGGAGGUGAGCUAAUUUUCUGACCAGCUUGGGCCAUCAUUUCAGCCACUGGUCACAGUCUUUGCUUCAAACUGAAAUUCAGUUUGGCUUUGUGUAUAGGGAUACAUGGUGGAUUCAUGUACUUCAGUGUUUGUUUUGACCAAAAGUUUAUUUUUCUAGUGCAUUUUCUAAGUCAAAGUGGUGAAAAUAUGUAAUUUUAGUAUGCAUGACUGGGUCUGAAACAAUAAAAAUUCCUGAAAAGUUAAA